CAUCAGUUGUGCAAGAGAAGGGCAGUGAUCACAGCAGCACAAUGAUCGGAGGACUGGUUGCUUUGAUUCUUCUAAGUGCAUUGUCUGUGAUUCAAACUAUAGAGGUUCCUCACCACAUCUCUCUGACUGUGGUUGAACCCGGUGAUAAUUUGACUCUGACAUGUAUAGUCAUUGGGAAGGAAAUCGGGUUGUUUUACUGGUACAAGCUGAACUUCGGAUAUAUGAUCCAAACAAUUGCUUCAGGAUCUUUCACUAAAAUAACACUUCAAGGACAAUUUAAAAACCCAAGAUUCAAUGUCACAAAAGAGGGUGAUCUUCAUUCUCUUAUCAUAAGAAAUAUAAGCAAAGAAGAUGAAGCAACAUACUUCUGUCAAGCAGGAGCAGCAUAUCUAAUGAAAUUCAUUAAUGGCACAAAUUUGGCGGUGAACGAUCAUAAAAAUCAGCAGACACAUGUCUAUUUGCAUCAAAGUCCAGAGACAGCAUCAGUCCAGCUGGGAGCCUCAAUGACUCUCCAGUGUUCACUUCUCUACACGAACAAAGAGAGCAGAGCCCAGUGUCCAGGUGAACACAGUGUGCACUGGUUCAGAGCUGGAUCAGGAGGAUUUCAUCCAGGCAUCAUUUACACUCACAGCAACAGGAGUGAUGAACAAGAGGAAAGGAGCUGUGUCUACAGUUUGUCCAAAACUAUACAGAACUCCUCUGAUGCUGGGACGUACUACUGUGCUGUGGUCACAUGUGGAGAGAUCCUGUUUGGUGAAGGAACUAAAGUGGAGACAAGACAAGAGCUGUGCCCAUCUGACAUUGCACUUGGGAUACUGCUGCCUUGCUAUGUCAUUGUGAUUGCUAUUCUAAUUCUCUCCAGAAAGCAAAAGUCUGUUUGUGAACAUUGCAAAGGAGAAGUAGCUGCUUCCAGUUAUGCUGAACAUAACAGAUCAUCUGAGGAUGUGGAUGGUGAAGCUGCGGCAUUAAACUAUGUAGCGCUGGAUUUCUGCUCAACAAAAGGUAAACGAUGGAAGGAUAACAGGGGUUUACCACAGGACAGUAUUUACUCGGGCAUGAGAGACUGUCAGUGAAGUGCUGUCCCCAUGAAGAAGAAACAAAUUAAUAUGUACAGUGUGUACUCUACUGUACAUUGCCACAUAAAAUUAUUUUGAUGCAGCUCUAAUUUCUGUUUAGGUGAAUUAAAUGAGAUGAAGAAAGAUUUUUGCUGUAAUGUUAUUGCUAAUUGUUUUAUCCAUCAGAUUAGUUUAGGAUAGCCAGACCACUUGUGUUUUGAUGUGAUGUUGCGUAUUUAAACUAAGAAUAUUUUUUAUUAUUUGUAUUCUUAUUAUUAUUGCUUGUCAUAUUGAUCUUGUGUAAUCACUCAAAAUCUGAAGGAAGUAUGAAUAAUGUAAAGAACCUU